AUGAAGGAAGCAAACACUACCCCAUUAACCCAGCGUUUAGCCAAGGCUUUCAUUCCCCAGAAAUGUCAUGUCCCAUCCUUCGAGUGUUACGAUGGAUCCAGCUAUCCCGCGGCCCAUCUUCGAUACUAUAAUCGAAUCUUAGCCCAGUGGGAUUACGACGAUGCCAUACUUUGCAGAUAUUUCCCUUCAAUCCUAAAGGGAUCUGCGUUGUCUUGGUUCGACAACUUGCCACAGGACUCCAUUGAUUCCUAUGAACAGCUCACUGAAAAGUUCUUGGCAACUUACAUGUAUAACAAGGUCGUCAACACCGGAAUGGAUAAACUCUUCUCACUAGCAAUCAAAUAUAAGGAGACUAUCAGGGAAUACACUGAUAUAUGGCACAAGAUCUGUCAAGCCAUAGGGAAUGUGGAUCCGUUACUUAGCAUCAACUGCUACAAGUGGGGUCUGGACAGGAUGAGCCCGCUGUUUGUCAAAAUUCAUGGUACCAUCCCUGCCACCGAGGGAGAUCUUCGAGUGAUUAUAGAAAAACAUGCCAGGAGAGAACGUAGAGAUGAUCGUCGACGUUAUGAUCGGAAAUUCGAAGACCAGGUUUACACAAAAUUGAACACCAGCUAUGCGCGCAUCCUAAGGGAGAUCAAGGGUCGGGAAAACCUUUAUUGGCCAUGGUCCAAAGGAAAGCAGCCUCCGAGGUCGGAGAAGUCAAAAGAGUACUGUGAAUAUCACUGUUUCAACGGCCACCAGACCAAGAAGUGCAAGAAUCUCAAGAUAAUGAUUCAAAAACUGAUUGAUGCAGGAGAUCUUAAGCAGUACGUACAUAAGGCUGGCACCGAUGAUAAGGCCAAGCGAAGCAAGCAAGUUCAACUGCCUGAAGGAAACCGAACCGUUAACACCAUCUCAUGUUCCGAGGCCACAGGGCCAUCUCUAACGGCGCAAAUAGGGAAGAGAUUGAGAAAGCAAUUCGAGGACUAUUGUGAGCUGUACAAAAUCGAUGGGGUAGAAGUAGACAAACACGAACAUUGGAUGGAUGCACCUAUGAUCUUUGACGCUGAGGACAUCGAAGAAGAUAUGGAGGAUCGCAACGAUCCCCUGGUUCUCACGCUGCCAGUAGCGGGAUGCAAUAUCAAAAAGAUCCUCAUCGACGGAGGAAGCUCAGUCAACAUUCUGUUCUACGACACAUUCAAACGGAUGGAGCUUAAUGACGAGCAACUGAUGUCUUUGUACUAUACUAUCUACGGUUCAACGGUGCAGCAACAAAGCCACUAG